AUGGCAAGUCCGACACGAGGCCGCGCCCGCAAUAACCUACCAGGACGUCUGGAGAUCCCGUCACCAAUGAAUUCACCGUCACCUUCUUCAGCACCAUCUUCUCUUUCUCCCCUCAUUCUACCAGCAUCAAAUAUAUCAAAUGCUAAAGUCACUACAGCCCAAAUUACUAAUGAAAUUAGGACGCAGAUUUUAAAGGUACAACCGAAUGACGGCGAAUAUGGAAACGGAGACGAAGUUCCUGUGAUUGUAUCGACGUCUGGAUUUGAAGGUUCAGCAAUGAAAUCUGACGACUUUCAAGAGUUACAGCGGUUGGGUGAAGGGGCUGGUGGAAUGGUGACAAAGGUUAUGCAUAAAGCUACAAAAAAAAUUAUGGCGAAAAAGAAAAUCAAUGUUGACCCAGAGCCAACGGUUCAUCGCCAAAUUCUACGAGAACUUGAAUUUCUUCAAAAAUGCCACUCGCCAAAUAUUGUUUCAUACUACGGAGCAUUUUUAGAGGAUGAAGGCUCAUCAAUUGCUAUUAUCAUGGAAUUUUGUGAGGGUGGUAGUCUAGAUGCAAUCUACAAGACAGUUAGUUCGAGACAAGGACGUAUUAGUGAAACCGUGUUAGGGAAAAUCAGCGAGUCGGUGCUUAAAGGACUUGUGCAUCUUUAUAAUAAUGAUAUCAUCCACAGAGAUAUCAAACCUUCCAAUAUUCUCGUGACAAAACGAGGAGAAAUUAAAAUCUGCGAUCUCGGUGUUUCCGGUAAACUAGUCCAAUCUAUAGCAUCGACGUUUUUGGGCACUAGUUAUUACAUGGCUCCCGAGAGAAUUACCGGCAUGCCAUAUAGGGUUUCUGCGGAUGUAUGGUCACUUGGACUAACCAUAAUGGAAGUAGCGCAGAAUCGAUUCCCCUAUCCUGAGGAGUUAUCACCAAUCGAGUUGGUCGCACAUAUUGCGAAUGCACCGGCGCCUGAACUAAGUAACGAAUACGAAUGGAGCGAGGAUCUUAAGUCGUUUCUCAAAUUUUGUUUGGAGAAAGAUGGUCAAAAACGCCCAACUCCUAAGCAAAUGCUACUUCAUCCGUUCAUUCAACGAACUGCACUGAAACAAGUGAAUUUACAAGAAUGGAUUAGGGAUGUUUGGGAGUGGGAAAGUUCACCAAAUGCCGACUCUUCGUUAUUUGACAAACUUAAAAAUUUAAAUUUGUCGGCUACAGAAUCUUGA